GGUGAGCACGAGCAACGCCUCUGUUGAGUUCUUCCUCCUAAGACCUUCAGAUCCAUGAAGGAUGAUAUAGAAGCCUUAGGGUGCGUUUGGUUCUGCUUUACUUUCGGAAAAAACUGUUUUGCUUUUCAUGCUGUGGAAAAGCAGGAAGCGUGAUUGGUUAGAACAACUGCUUUUAUUUUUUAAUUAUCUGAAGACUGUUUAUAUGUGAAUUGAUCGUAAAUUUAUGAUCUUUGCUUUUGCUUUUAUUGUGACGACGAAGAAAAAAUUAAUUUUGAUUCUAAUUAUUGUUUACAUAAGAAAUAAAGACCUUCGUUCUAUACUAUAACACAAAAUAUAUAUGGUUCACGCGAUAAUGUAUGCCAUGGACAUAGCUAAACUACCUCGCUCUCGCAGCAAACAAAGCAUUGGCGAUCCUAUCACGAAUGAUGUUCAUGGUAACCACGCCAGGUCCCUCGGGAACGACAUAUCCGUUCUCUCCCUCUGAACCGUCAUCCCCUUUUCCAACCUCGGCCCCUUCAGCCAUGUAUUCUUCAUCUGCAUCACAGCUAUCAAAUUCCAUAUCAGGCAACUUUCUAUCAUGAAUGAAAUUGUGCAAGGCAAUGCAAGCUACAAUGAUCCUCGUUUGUGCUCGAGACUUGAAACUUGGCAUAGAUUUUAAUAUGCGUCAUUUUUGCUUUAGAACAGCAAAUGAACGCUCAAUGACAUUGCGAAGUGAUGAAUGCAACAUUUUAGGGUUUUGAGCCCAUCAGUUGAAAUUAUUCUGUCGAAAAACACAAACCAACAUUUAAACCAUUGGACUCAUUCCUCCCUCGAAGUCGAAGAUGCCUUUUCCAUCUCCCCAGACUUAAGCAUCAAAUCAGGAAGAAGAGGAGGACUUUCAGCCAACCUAAAGGGCGUGCGGGCAAAAAUGGCCACGCCUCCGAAUCCACCGCCACCACCACCUGCUACCUCGAGUUCCUCCGCGCCCCCUUUCAAAACAGACGCCGAAAACCCAAACCCCGACCACGCGCCAGCCCUUGGGGCACCUGCCCUGCCGGCGCCGCCGCCGCAACCGGCCAUCUCCAUAGGCCCGUCCUACAUGGUCCUCUCCCUGCGCUGCGUCAUCGGCGAGCUCCGCGCCCGAGGACACCUCGCGGGGCUGGAGAUCCCCGACGGUGAGCUCACCGAAGCGGGGGCGCCCGCCCUUUUCGUCGACGUACUCGCUGCCUUCCUGGCCGAGGUGCAGGUACCAUGUGCGCUCCCGACUCUUGCAAUGCCUCCUGUGUUCGUGGCCGACCGCCCGGUGGACCUGCUCCGCUUGUAUCUUGCUGUGCGCUCUCGCGGCGGAUUCGCCGCCGUGUCCUCCUGGGCGGCCGUCGCUGUGGCGCUAGGUCUCGAACCGACCGCUUACUCCGCCAUCAAGCUGGUGUACGCCAAGUAUCUCUCCCUCCUGGAGCAGAGCAUCUGGAAGCCACGGAAGCAGGAUGGGGUGGUCGAGAGCAGUGGCAAUGCAGACCACCGAUCGAAGGCGAAGAAAGGCAAGUUCAUGUCGCCCCAUAAGGACCACGCGAGCGCCGGAUCAUCUCAGCUGAAGCGGAAGAGGAAUGUGCUUGUGGAGAUGCUUAACUGGGUCCGCCUUGUGGCGAAGAGCCCAGGUGAACAUUCGAUCGUUGGACAGAGUCCUGGCAGCCAGUUCCCCUUGAUGCUCAUGCUCCGUCGCGAGAUGACUGCUUCGCCGCAGAAUGGACUUGCAGCUGAGGAGCAGACACAGUCCAAUGGAUGGGAUGAACUGUCUGCAGAUGAGAGAUGGGACAGGUUUUCUAGUGCCCGAAUUCGGCUUUGUGGCGUAGCAGAUGUUCCAGAAUGGCCUUCAUUACCUUAUGAUGAGCCACAUGUGUUGAGAUUUCUUGGACAACCUCUUUUGCCUCCAGAAAGUAAUGAAGCCCUUGACGCUGACACUAUUGGUAUGGGCAGACCAGACAAGUGCAACUGCCAACUCCCAGGUUCCAUUGCUUGUAUUAGAUUUCAUGUGACUGAGAAGAAGAUUUUACUGAAGCGCGAGCUGGGCUCAGCUUUUUAUGCAAUGGGGUUUGAUCGUAUCGGUGAGGAUGCAGCAUUGACAUGGACAAAGGAUGAAGAGGAGAAAUUCAACGAUGCUAUCCAAAAUGGUCUGCCAUCAUCUAAGAACAGUUUCUGGGACAAACCGGAUCAUGUCUUGGUUUCCAAGAGCAGAAAAGGACUUGUGAGUUAUUAUUACAAUGUUUUCCAGCUGCGGCGAAGAGCGUACCAGAAUCGGCUCACUCCAAAUGAUGUGGAUAGUGACGAUGAUUCAAUCUAGCCUGGCUUCCUACAAAAAAAAAAUCGUUGGUCAGGCUAGUUCCAUCUCUGCUUCUCCCUUAGGAACUCAAAAGGGGUUCUUAGGUUAUGGAGUGUCCGAUAGGUUAUCAGAGGAAGGUUGCUUAGGUUGAUAUUCGUCGAUUGGUUACUGGAGAUUGUAAGAAGACUUAAAUUGGUGUUGUCAUUAAGACUUGUGUUCCUGUUAAUAGCCCCGUUGCUCGUUGCCCCUUGUUGGACCCAAAUAUUAUACUGUUCUGUCGACAUUUAGGCUUUCUUUAACAAGGUAGCUUUACAAUUGUCUCA